AUGUCGCAGAACGACCUGACGCGCAUUGAGUCGUUCCAGUACCCCGCCGCCCACUACGGCCAUCUAAGCGAUAACCAACAGGCUGCCCUCGACGUGUUUAAGCAGCAAUGCCUUGACGAGGGCUACUACAAGCCCGCGGGCACCAACAAGAAGACUGAUCCUAGCCACGACGACGAAACUUUAUUGCGGUAUCUCCGCGCGCGGCGCUUCAACCACCAGGAAGCCUUCAAGCAGUUCAAGGACACCGAGGACUGGCGCGUGGAAAAUAACGUUGUAGAUCUGUACGAUAGCAUUGAGGCCGAAGAGUACGAGCAGACGCGCCGCCUGUACCCACAAUGGACCGGCCGUCGUGACAAACGCGGCAUUCCCGUAUUUCUGUACGAAGUCGCGCCGCUCAACACCAAGGCGAUUUCCGGGUACGAGAAGAUGGUGGCUGAAUCCUCGCUCAAAAUUCCCGCCAAAGUCGCUCCCAAAUUGCUACGCCUGGUCGCCCUCUACGAGUCCUUGACGCGAUUCGUGAUGCCGCUGUGUUCCGCCGUGACAGACCGAAAACACCCCGAGACGCCCAUCUCACAGAGCAACAACAUCGUCGACAUAAGCAAGGUGGGCUUGAAGCAGUUCUGGAACCUGAAAAACCACAUGCAGGACGCUUCGCAGCUGGCAACGGCACACUAUCCGGAGACGCUGGACAGGAUAUUUAUCAUUGGCGCCCCCGUCUUCUUCCCCACCGUCUGGGGCUGGAUCAAGCGCUGGUUUGACCCCAUAACCGUAUCUAAGAUCUUCAUCCUCUCGCCCUCAAACGUCUUUCCCACGCUCUCCCAAUACAUAGAUCCGGAUAACAUCCCUAAGAAAUAUGGUGGUAACCUGGACUUUGAAUUCGGCAUGAUGCCGGUCCUCGAGCCCGCUAUUCAGGCAUCACUACGCUGGGAAUCACCAGCUACCCAAAACGGGGAAAACACCUGGCCAAUAGGACCGAUCAAAUGGGAGGAGAGCCAUGAUGGAAGCGUAAAAGCAGUUGCAGUAGGCCAUGAGAAGGGGAAGCCCCGGCGGAGAACAGUAUGCAGGCUCGAGACGCCCGUGUCCAUCAAAGCUAUGCAUGGACUGGCCACAGUCAACACGCCUAUUGACGAGCUGGAGCUGGCACUCACGACUGUUGGGACAGCGACGCAACCUCUAGACUUAGAUGACACCAAUAUUGAUAUUGCCACGCCCCCAACGGAUACCCCAACCCCCGCUGCCACGCCGAAGCCGGAACUCCAGGACCCAGCGUCGACUCUAGCGACCCCUGUCUCGAAUUCGAAGGUAGAAGAAGGUAAAGAUUCAACAAACGUCCCAAUCAGCGACGCUUCCUCUGAACACCAUACCGGAACUUCAGAUACGCACUACGAACCACAGCACCAGGCCCACGUCACCGGCCAACUCACAGAUGGUACUCCCUACGCUGUUAUCAACGACCACAGCGAUCGCGAUAAGACUGUCACCAUCAAUCCCAGCACCGCUGGCCAGGAACCCAAGGACUUCAACAUCCCGCCGGAAGAAACACCAGCACCCGAAUUCAUUGACCAAGCGAAACAGGCCGUAGACAAAGUGACAGUAGCAGCGAUCUCUACCGUUGGUUCUGGUGCUAGCGGUGGAGUCAAAACGGAGGAGAUGGUGGAGGACCCGCUGCCCGAAAAGAGCCCCGAGGAAUAG